UUUAUUUCUCCUUCAUCACUACCAAGCACCUUCCGCUUACUUUCCUUUUUCUCUUUACAAAGAGUUUCUUAAUUGAUGUUAUUAAUUAACAGUUUAGUGUUAACCACAACUCUUGUGCAGCAGAUACAUACACUUCUUCAAACUUCAAACAUAUGGCAUCCGCCUCUUCUUCCACUUCAAUCCUACCACAACUAUCAUGCACCUAUCACGCGUUCUUGAGUUUCAGAGGAGAAGACACUCGCACAGGCUUCACUGGCCAUCUCUAUGCGGCCCUCAACAGGAAGGGAAUCACAACUUACAAAGAUGACAAAAACCUUCGCAAAGGCGAUGUUAUUUCAAAAGAACUCCUCAAAGCAAUUGAAGAGUCGAUGUUUGCAGUCAUCGUUUUCUCACCGGACUACGCUUCUUCGAGUUGGUGCUUGGAUGAGCUCCAAAAGAUCAUGGACUGCAACAACAAGGUGAGGCAACACAUCGUGCCGGUGUUCUACGGUGUGGAGCCUUGUGAUGUGAGACAUCAAAGAGGAACCUUUGAAAAAGCUUUCAAGAAACACGAACAGAGACAUGACAGUGAGAAGGUCAAAAGAUGGAGAAAUGCACUAACACAAGUUGCUGCUCAUUCUGGUUGGACCUCCAAAAAUCAAGACGAAGCAGUACUUGUGGAAAAUAUUGCUCAACAUAUAUUUGAAAUAUUGAUUCCUAAGUUGCCAUCUUCAAUGAAGAAUCUUGUGGGGAUUAAAUCAAGAGUGGAACAAGUGAUUACUCUCAUAGGCCUUGGAUUGAAUGAUGUUCGCUUUAUAGCCAUAUGGGGAAUGGGCGGCAUGGGUAAGACCACUAUUGCUAGAGCUGUCUUUGAAACCAUUCGAAGUAGCUUUGAAGUUACUUGCUUUCUUGCCGAUGUAAGGGAGCAAUGUGCGAAAAAAGAUAUUACUCACAUACAAAAGCAACUUCUUGAACAAAUGAAUAUAAGUUCAAAUGCUGUUUAUAACAAGUAUGAGGGGAGGAAAAUAAUUCAAAACUCUUUACGUCUCAAAAAGGUACUUCUUGUUCUUGAUGAUGUAAAUCAUGAAAAACAAUUAGAGGAUUUGGCUGGGGAGCAAGAUUGGUUUGGUCCUGGGAGCAGAAUAUUAAUUACAACUAGAGACGUAGAGGUGCUAAAGGGACCAGAGGUGCAUGAAACUUAUAAGGUUGAAGGGUUAGUGGAAAGUGAAGCCUUUAACCUCUUUUGUCUGAAAGCCUUUAAACAGGAGGAGCCUACAGAAGGGUUUUUGGAUUUGUCUGAAGAAGUGGUCAAGUACAGUGGUGGUCUUCCAUUGGCACUUAAAGUAUUGGGUUCCUAUCUUAAUGGUAGACCUAUUGCGGUUUGGCAUAGUGCUAUUGAAAAAAUAAAGAAGUCUUCACAUUCUGAAAUUAUUGAUGCAUUGAAAAUAAGCUAUGAGGGUUUAGAUGAUAUGGAAAAGAAUAUUUUUCUAGAUAUUGCUUGUUUCUUUAAAGGAUAUCAGAAAGAUGAUGUAACAAGGAUAUUAGAAGGAUGUGGUUAUCAGGCUGAAAUUGGUCUUGAUAUUUUAAUUAACAGAUCAUUGGUCACAUUACAUUGGGAUAUGUUUAGGGAGGUUAUUAUUUUAGGGAUGCAUGAUCUACUUGAAGAAAUGGGCAAAUUUAUUGUAAUUCAAGAAUCUCCAAAUGAUGCUAGUAAGCAUAGCAGAUUGUGGUGUUACGAGGAUGUUGAUUUUGUACUUACUCAAAAGAAGAAAACUAAAGCAACUCAUGGCAUCGUUCUACAUAAGUGGUAUAGCGAGACUGAAGUGAAUCAGAGAGAUUUAUCUUUCUCAAAAAUGUGCCAGUUAAAGCUUCUCAUUUUAGAUGGCGUCACAGCUCCCAUUCUGUGCGAUAUUCCUUGUGCAUUAAAGGUAUUUCACUGGAGAUUUUAUCCACUGAAAACUUUGCCCCUUACAGAUCAUCAACGCUAUGAACUUGUUGAAAUUGAUCUGUCUUAUAGCAAAAUUGUAGAGUUAUGGGAUGGAAAGAAGUUUCUAGAAAAGUUAGAGCACUUGAAUCUGGUCGGGUGCAAACAGUUGAAGCAAACGCCAGAUCUUUCUAAGGCUUCCAAUAUUAAAGAACUUGAUCCUAGGGAAUGCAAGGAGCUGGAUCAUAUUCCCCCGUCUCUCGCACAACACAAAAGGCUUGUUGAAUUGAAUUUACGAUAUUGUGAGAGACUUGAAACACUUGGAGAAAAAUUGGAGAUGAGUUCACUCGAGAUACUAGAUCUAACUGACUGCAGUAGUUUGAGAAGACUGCCAGAUCUUUCUGGGGCUCCCAAUCUUAAAAAACUUGAUCUCUUGGCGUGCGAGGAGCUGGAUUAUAUUCACCCGUCUCUCGCACACGACAAGAGCCUUGUUGAAUUGAAUUUAGGAUAUUGUGAGAGUCUUAAAACACUUGGAGAUAAAUUGGAGAUGAGUUCACUCGAGAAACUAGAUCUAAGGUGCUGCAGUAGUUUGAGAAGACUGCCAGAAUUUGGGGAAUGCAUGAAACAGUUAUCGAUUCUUAAUCUGAAAGGUACAGGUAUAGAAGAGCUACCCCCGACGCUUGGAAAUUUGGCUGGCGUGUCUGAGUUGGACUUAACUGGAUGCAGCAAGAUUACUGGUCUUCUCUUAUCACUUUCAUUAGGAUGUUUCGUUGGCCUUAAAAAGUUGUUGUUAGGUGGUCUUCCACGGAAAACUGAUGGGUUAGAGUUCCUCACAGUCAGUGCUGAUUAUGAUGAUUCUGACAGCUCAUCUUUGAGUAGCCUGGCCCUUUCCUCCGAUAUUGGCUCAUCUAGAGAAGAGUCGACCCUUUCCUAUGAUAUUCGCCACUUAGCGUCCUUGACGGAUUUGGAUUUAGGUGAGAGCAGUUUUUUAAGAGUUCCAAUAAGUAUCCAUCAACUUCCCAGACUUACACGUCUGAAGCUAUCUCGUUGCUCUAAAUUGAAGGUUUUACCAGAGCUUCCAUCAAGUCUAAGAGAAUUAAACGCACAGGGUUGUUAUUCACUGGACGCAUCCAACGUUGAUGAUGUUAUAUCAAAAGGCGUGUUGUGGCUUUGCAGAAUCAGCUAGCCAAGAUCGUGAAGAUGUCUUGCAAAUGUUGAUCCCUAGGAAGGAAAUUCCAGCAUGGUUUGAGCAUCAGGAACAAGAUAACGGAGUAUCAGUCUCAUUCCCGCUUAAUUGCCCUUCAACUG